CUCACAGCUUCUCCAUACCAAUCCUCUAGGGUUUACUGUAGUGAUCAGAGCCCUUACAAAGAGAAAUGGAAAAAGAGAAGGAGACAGUUAGGUGUUGCAGUGAUUGCAAGACCAUCAAGACACCAAUGUGGAGAGGUGGACCAUCUGGUCCCAAGUCACUUUGCAAUGCAUGUGGGAUCAGAUUCAUGAGACAGAGACGAUCUGAAUUAUUGGGUAUUCGUUUUAUUCAUAGCCACAAAGCCUACAAGAAGAUAAACAGAACAUCAACAUCGUCAUUACACAGUGGCGUGGCUUUGAAGAAACGACGGAGGAGUCUGAAGGAGGAAGAACAAGCUGCCGUUUGUCUAUUAUUAUUAUCUUGUAGCUCUGUUUACGCAUAGAAUUCAUAUCUGGUUACAAAUGGGUCUUAAUGGUCAGAGAACUCGUGUACGGGUUAGCCGAACCAAACUGAUAGCCCAUGUACCUUGAAAAUAAAAUUAGGAAACAUUAGUAUAAAUUUUUAAUGAGGUUAGAUAUUUU